UAAGAUGGCGAUGGAGGCGCAGAGUGAAGGGGAGGUGCCAGCCUGCGAGCCGGGCCGGAGAAAUGCUGUCUGCAAUUUUAUUAUCUGCAAUGACUCUUCCCUUCGAGGUCAGCCUGUUAUCUUCAACCCUGACUUCUUUGUGGAGAAGCUCCGACAUGAGAAACCUGAAGUGUUCACCGAGUUGGUGGUCAGCAAUAUCACAAGGCUCAUUGAUUUACCUGGAACUGAGCUGGCUCAGUUGAUGGGAGAAGUGGAACUGAAGCUGCCAGGUGGGGCUGGCCCAACGUCAGGCUUCUUUCGGUCUCUAAUGUCUCUCAAACGAAAAGAAAAAGGAGUGGUGUUUGGCUCUCCACUGACAGAGGAAGGCAUUGCUCAGAUAUACCAACUGAUUGAAUAUCUGCACAAAAACUUGCGAGUAGAGGGUUUAUUUCGAGUACCAGGCAAUAGUGUCCGGCAACAGAUUUUAAGAGAUGCUCUCAAUAACGGAACUGAUAUAGACUUGGAAUCAGGGACGUUUCACUCCAAUGAUGUUGCCACCUUGCUGAAGAUGUUUCUAGGAGAGUUACCGGAGCCCCUGCUGACACAUAAACAUUUCCAUGCACACCUCAAAAUUGCUGAUCUCAUGCAGUUUGAUGAUAAAGGCAACAAGACCAAUAUACCAGAUAAAGAACGACAAAUUGAAGCUCUUCAGUUGCUUUUCCUCAUUCUCCCUCCACCUAAUCGGAACUUGCUGAAGUUAUUACUUGAUCUCCUGUACCAGACAGCAAAAAAACAAGACAAGAACAAGAUGUCUGCCUAUAACCUUGCUCUUAUGUUUGCACCACACGUCCUGUGGCCCAAAAAUGUCACUGCAAACGACCUUCAAGAGAACAUCACCAAGUUGAACAAUGGAAUGGCUUUUAUGAUUAAACACUCCCAGAAACUUUUUAAGGCUCCUGCUUACAUUCGAGAAUGUGCCAGAUUGCACUAUUUGGGUUCCAGAACUCAAGCGUCAAAGGAUGACCUUGAUUUGAUAACUUCAUGCCAUUCUAAGACCUUCCAGCUGGCAAAGUCUCAGAAUUGGAACCGGGCCAAUUCCUGUUCUCAUGAGGAGGAGACCCAGCAGCGUACAGAAGAGGCACUGAAGGAGCUGUUCCAGCAUGUCCACAACAUGCCAGAGUCUGCAAAGAAGAAGCAGCUUAUCAGACAGUUUAAUAAACAAUCUUCGACUCAGACACCAGGGCGGGAGCCUUCCACUCCCCGAGUACAGAAGAGGGUUCGCGCCCGUUCCUUCAGUGGGCUUAUCAAGCGAAAGGUCCUGGGAAGUCAGAUGAUGUCAGAAAAGAAAAGCAAGUACCCUACUCCAGAAUCUGUGGCCCUUGGUGAAUUGAAUGGAGCCAGCAAAGAAAAUGUGAACUCGUUAUUUUCUGGCUCACCAGCUAUCAAAAUGACACCAACAAGAUUGAAAUGGUCUGAGGGGAAGAAAGAGGGGAAAAAAGGCACUGUUCUGAUUGAUCCAACAAAAGGCAAGCAGUUUGUUUGCUCUGAGAGCCACCAGCCCAGGGUCCAGAUGGGCGCGCCCCGCCCUCCCGCGUCGCCGCAGUCCUCCCCGGGACCCCACAGCGCCCCCUGUCCCAGCCGCCCGCACUCAGAGCCUGCAGGACCCCGGGCGGUGGGCUGGUGA